AAAAAAAACAAUUGAAGUAAUGUUUUGAUUUUGUUUCUUUUCUUUCUUCUUAAUUUCAGGAAAUAUCGGCACGGUUAAAACACGUAUUUUAGGUUUGAAUUUAAUUUAAACUUGUCGAAUGAAAACAUGGCCACGUCGUACUUCUUUUUGAAAAUUCUGCGAAGAAAACGACAGAAAAAACGUAUUCAAAAACGUGAAACUGAAGUAGACCUAAACAAUUUUUUAGACUCCACGAACUCCACUAAAAUAACAUGCAGAAUAUGUUUGAAGGAUGGUUCUGUGCCUAUUUACGCUAAGGACAGUGCAGCAGAUUUAUCAGAAGCAGUAAGAUCUUUUGGAGACAUCGAAUUAAGCGAAGGUGACGAGUAUCCGAAAUACUUAUGCAACGCCUGCCACUCUCUUCUACAAGGUGCAAUUUUAUUCCGAAAGUCGGCUAAAGAAACUGAAGCAAUACUUCUAAAUCAAGCUCCUAUUCAAGCUGACCCUACAGUCGAAUUAGAACCAGAAACAUUCAGUGAAACUGAUAACAAUGACUAUUCUGAAUCUACAACAAAAAAACUUACAUCUUACAAAUGUAAAGUUUGCAAGUUAAACUUCGAUUCCCACAAGGAAUAUCUGGCUCAUAAAAGUUCCAAGCAACACAGAAAUGUGCGAAUCCAAUGCCCAAUUUGUUUUGGAUUACUGACACCUCAGCUUUACAAGAAGCAUUUAACAAGACAUGAGUCAGCUUCACACCUGAUUUGUGAUGUGUGUGGAAAGUUGUAUCGAAAAGACAAUCUUGUCAGGCACAUGCAGCUGCAUAGCUUUGAACUGCCAUACCAGUGCCAAAUAUGUCCAUACAGGGGACGAUUCAUGGAAUCCCUAAAAAUUCAUAUGAGAACUCAUACUGGGGACAAGCCAUUUUCGUGUGAUAAGUGCCACUUACGGUUUCUGACCAGGAGCAAUUUGAAUAGGCAUUUGCUGACCCAUAAAAAAGAUAGACCAUUCAAAUGUGUGGAGUGCCGGAGGGGUUUUUAUACACAGAAAGAUAUGGAUGUCCAUUUUAAGUCUGAUCAUGCAGGCAUCAAAGACUUUGGCUGCAGGAUGUGUGGUAACAAAUAUGGCACAAGAAAAGCUUUUAUGAGACAUGAACUCAGGGUUCACAAAAGAGAUAAAAUGGCCAAGGGGCGCAUGCCUCUUUACCUACAAACAGAAUACAGAAAAGAAUAGACAUUGAAAAUAACAAUGAUUUUGUAAAGUAAUUUUAAUGUGAUUCAAAUACACUGCAAUCCAUAAAUGUAUAUCUGUUCUAAGAAAUAGUUAUAAAUAAAUUAUUUAUUUAAGUAUGUAAUUUACAUAAUCAUUUAUUUUUAUGGACUUGAAUAUAGAUAAUAAAAAUGAAUAAAUAUCACAACUUGGAUUAUUCUUUGGUAAAUAUUAAGUUUAUGUAUUUAUGUUGCAUGUUCAAUAAUAUUAAGUAAGUAUUAUAAAAAUUGCAUAUCUAUAAUAGUAAAGCACAACAAUUUUAACAUUUCAAACAUCAAACUUGGUAUCAAUAAGAUCUUCUACAAUACAAUGGAAGAUUUACUUUGAUAAUAAACACUAUACAUAUCUAUAAAAGGCCACAUUAUCACUUUUGUUACAUAUAGGGCUGAAUUUAUGGUCUUAAUAAUAAUAAGUGGGAAAUAUACUCUUUCCAAAACAUUAAAGUACAUUAGUU